AUGAAGUCCGUCUUCUUUACCCUUCCCCUCCUUGUAGCCGCUGCUUCUGCGAGAGCGGUUGCAAAUGCCGAUGCCGCAGCAAAUUGCAAGGCUGAGAUGGCCAGAUGCGUGCAAACUGCUGUAGAUACCGGCAGUCCUCGCGGGCUUCAAUGCCUCGUCUUGCAGGAUGCCUGUACAUCGCAUCUCAAAGCUAGAGCUACUCCAGAGGAAGCUACUCCUGCAGCUCCCGCGGCUCCCGCGGCUCCCGCAGCUCCGACGCCAAUCACCCCUCCUUCUCAAGAGGAGGUUGAUAGGAUCAGCAAUGGCGUUCGCCGAGUUAUCGGCAACAACACCAGGGUUGACAUCGACAAGAUGGUCAAGACUGCUGUCGACAAGUUGACUGCCAAAGGUUACGACGUGAACAAAAUGGUUGCUGCUGUGAACGGCACAAACGGCGGUUUUGAUCUUGAGAAAACGAUGAACCGAAUGGUCGCCAUGUACAAGGCCCGUGCCAGCAAGAGUGGUAAUAAGGCUCCCCGACAACUCGGCGGUCUUGAUAUCGGAAGCCUUAUUCAGUCCGUCCUCGGUAUGGCUGGCCUUGGAGGCAACGGCGGCGGUGGUCUUCUCGGCGGUCUCCUUGGUGGCGGCGGUAACGGAGGUGGCCUUCUUGGUGGCCUUCUCGGCAAGCGCGAUUUGGAAAGCUCUCCUGAGUUCCAGAAGCUUGUGCGGUCUCUUACUGAAUAUGCUAACAGCGAUGCUGCUGAGGGUGCUUUGGCUGCCAGACAAGUUGCAGGUCUUGAUAUUGGAGGCAUCAUCCAGUCCGUCCUCGGCAUUGUUGGUCUUGGAGGCGAUGGCGGCAACGGUGGCCUGCUUGGUGGUCUCCUCGGUGGUGGUGGUGGCAAUGGUGGUAACGGAGGCGGUCUCCUCGGCGGUCUUCUCGGUGGCCUCCUUUAA